AUGAGAUCUAAAAUCAAGGAGUUAGGAGGUGAUGAGAGUGUGAGUGUGAUUGACUCUUUCAUGAUGGAAACAGAUCCUCAUAACCUUGAAGGUUAUGUUUUUCAUUCACAAUUGAUGAAUGAAAAAUCUCGCCCUAAACCACAAAUGAAGAAAUCAACAACUAGCAAAGCCGGUACUCAAGUGAAAGUGAGCGGUAGUACUGAAGUGAACAAAGCCGAUACUAAAGUGAGCAAAGGUGUGACUGAGUAUAGGCUCACUCUUGAAGAUGAACUUCUUUUGGAAACUUUACCUCUAGAAGAAAAACCUGUAGAAGAACUUAAAGUGGGAGAGAUUACAAACUGCAAUGUGCUUUCCAAGAAAAGCAAGAAGGAGCUGUAUGAACUCAAACAUAUAAAGUUAACUCAAAGUGAUGUUAGCAAAAUAUGGAAAGCCAAAGAAGACUUAAUGGAGGAAGAGGAUAAAAGAAUGAGAAAGGAAGCUGAUGGUGAAAGAGCUAAGAAAGCAAGGGCUGAUAAAGAUGCUGCAAGAGUUGCAGAAGGUCAGAGACUAGAAAAUGAGAGACUAAAUGCUAUAGUUGCGAAAUCAACAGAUGCGGCUAAGAAAGCACAGGCCGCGGCUGCAAAAGCAAAAUUGAGUCUAAGUUGCUAA